CAUAGCCCUUUCCCCAUCGCCUUACGCCAAGGGUAGGGGGUGUGCAUAGGCGAAACGUUUACCUAUGCUUAAAACUUUCCUUUAUAAACUUUCAUACUGACGCUUUAGCACAUUUUUGAACCUUUGUUGCUUUGAUAACUUCAAACCCAUUUUCCACCGCUGCUUUUUCAUACCACAACGAGCUAAGAUGAUUGACACAGUGACAGCACCGGCACCAUUGCCCUUUACAGCUCAGCUGAAAGUUUUGAUGGAUCAGGAGGGCCGCUACCAGCCCAAGUUGAGUGGCUUGAGGCUUAUUGAAGGGGCACAUGACAAUGGCUUAAGAAUGACCACAAGACUAAGAGACUUUGAGGUGAAGGACCUGCUCUCUCUGACUAGGUUCUUUGGCUUCAGUUCUGAGACAUUCUCCCUGGCUGUCAGCUUGCUGGAUCGCUUCCUCUCUGUAAUGAAGAUCCAGCCAAAGCACCUGUCUUGUGUGGGCUUGUGCUGUUUCUAUCUUGCUGUGAAGUCCACUGAAGAGGAGAAGAAUGUACCCCUGGCAAAUGAGCUCAUCCGCAUCAGCCAGAAUCGCUUCACUGUGUCUGACAUGAUGAGGAUGGAGAAGAUCAUCAUGGAGAAGCUCCACUGGAAGGUGAAGGCUCCUACAGCUCUUCGCUUUCUCCGCCUCUUUCAUCACCACAUCCAAGAGCAGUUUGAUAAUGAGAGCAAGAAGAUACUGAGCCUGGAGAGACUGGAAGCCCAACUUAAAGCUUGUCACUGCUCUUUUGUUUUCUCUAAAGUUAAGCCAUCUCUGCUUGCUCUGGCUCUGUUGUGUCUUGAAGUCCAGGAACAACAUGACCCUGAGCACGUCCACAAGAUAUCAGAGACCCUGCAUAGUCUGCAGCAACAUCUGAGUAUCAGAGAUGGAGAACUGGUUUGUGUGAGGGAAUUGGCUGCAAAAUGCCUUGUUGAGUAUGCUACUACCAAGUGCUCCAAGCCCAACAGGCAGAGACUUCGCUGGAUCAUUUCGGGGAGAACAGCGCGCCAGCUAAAACACAGUUACUACAAAAUAGCUCACCUUCCCACCAUACCAGAGUCAGUUUGUUAACGUUAAGGCUGAAGUACACAUGUACUCAAGUAAUGACAUUGAGUACUUUCUUAUGCUCACAGGGUCACCCAUUUGUAUUUACCAUGUAUUCCUUACAGAACUGCAUUAAGGAUGAUGGAGUUCUUUAAGGAAAGCUGAAAUUAUUCCCCUUUCAAGUUUUUUGCUCCCUUAUCUUGCUUUGAAUAAGUGCUGUGUAUUCCAUCUGCCCUAAUGACAGGUAAUAACAUCCUGUCAGGUGGGUUCAUCUGACAUCUAGCAAAUUUUUUCUUUUCCUGGUUGAAUUGCUUGCAUGAAGUGAACAGUAUGUUCUUGUUUGAAUCUGUACCAAAAUACAUUGGUAUUCCCUGGCACGGGUUGCUGGUUUUAAGCUAAUAAGUAUAGAACCACCUAGGUCUUCAGUCCACUAUGUGGAAGAAGAGGGAGAAGGGUUUUGUGAACAGCAAAAAAACGGAACCAAGAAAUCGGGCCCAAAACCCUUAACUCCCACCCUAGGUUGCUAAACUGUCCUAAAUGCACACUCCUACCCAAGGUGAUUAAAACUUUUUUUUUUUUUUUUGGUUUGAUACAGUGGCAGGAGUCAUGGUUUUUUCCAGUGAUGACCCUGGCAUGUAUGGUGAGCUCAUAGGAGCUUGGUGUUGCCCUUGCUGAAGGUUACAGAUGAGUUGUUUUCACAAGUUAUUCUUGAAAUGUGAAACCCUAGAGAAGAACUACCGUGAAUUCUUUGAUUCCACUUGGGAAAUAAAAACUAAAAUUUAGUCUUUAACAAAUAUAACCCUAUCUGGAAUUUGAAUUUCUUUUUGCCAAUCUACCUUCUUAUUUAGAACGUGUUUGUUGGCAAUAGGAUGUAAUGUGUUCUGAAAUUUAAGUAAUGGUUGAUUGCAUCCUCUGGUUACCUGAUGUACUUGGACCUUUCAAUAAAACUUUAUUGAAAAGCUA